AUCGAUCUAAAUCAUCAUGAUAUUGAACAAAUAUCAUCAUCAUCAAGAAUAUCAAAUAAUAAACAACAAUCAACAUCAUCAUCAUCAACAUCAUCAACAAAACAUACUAAAACAGCUUUAACACCAUUACGUGAACAAGAUAUAUCCAAAUAUCGUUAUAUAAAUACAAUGGAAUUAGUACAAACAGUUAAAGAUAUUCUAAGUCGUUAUAGUAUAUCACAAAGACAUUUUGGAGAAAAAAUUCUUGGAUUAUCUCAGGGAAGUGUUAGUGAUAUUCUUGCGCGACCAAAACAAUGGGAAUUAUUAACACAAAAAGGUCGUGAACCAUUUCUUCGUAUGCGUAUUUUUCUUGAUGAUCCAAAUGCAAUAAAACAACUUGUACAAACUGUUUCAACAACACCAACAACAAAUACAAAUUCAAUAUUAUUACCAACAUUUUGUCCACCUCUCCCGCCAUCAGCGCCAUUAUCAUCAUCAUCAUCAUUUUCUUCUCUUCCUCCUUCAAUUCUAUCAACACCAUCACUUCUAUCAAAUGCAACAUUAAAUGGUUUUCAUUCAAAUAAUCUUUUAAUAAGAGAUAAUUCAAUUGAUUCACAAUCAAAUAAUGAUUCAUCACAACUUUUAAAUAAUGAAAUUAUACAACUCCCACCAACAUCUUCAUCAUCACCAUCAAAUGGAAUAACAUCAAAUUCGAAUAAAUCAAAAUCUCGUUCAAAAAGUUCCAAAACAAAUAGUGAAAAACCAACAUCAACUCAAUCUCGACAAAACCCACUUAUACCACCCUAUGUAUUACCAAAAAUAAUAUUACCAAAUUCAAUCGAUACUGAACAAUUAAGUUCACAAGUACGAGAACUUCUAUUUGCAUAUAGUAUUGGUCAACGUGUAUUCGGUGAAGCUGUACUUAAUCUUUCUCAAGGAACUGUUAGUGAAAUAUUAUCUAAACCUCGUCCUUGGCAUUCAUUAAGUGUAAAAGGCCGUGAACCAUAUAUACGUAUGUAUACAUGGUUUAAUGAUACAGGCAAUGUACAAAAAUUACUUGCUUGGAAACGAGAACGUGAUGCUAUACGUCGUUCUCGUCCUCCAGCUACAACAACUAAAACAACAUCAAUAACCGAUAAUGGUGAUUCAGAAAGUGGAAAUAAUAAUUCAUCAACAAGUAAUAAUCGUCCAAAACGUCGAUGUUUAUUUACUGAUGAUCAACGUCGUGUAUUAAAACAAAUCUUUGAAAAUGAACCAUAUCCAAGUCAAGCAACAUUAGAACAACUUGUUAGUGAAUUAUCUUUACCAAUGAAUAAAAUAGCUAAUUGGUUUCAUAAUUCACGUAUGAGAGCUAAAACAAAUAUACGUCC